CGUUUUAUUUAAACAAAAGCACGUUGUCCGCUAGUGUGUCCCAAUUACUAGUCAAAAAUCCACUAAACUCCUAUUGUUUUUUAUAAAAAAUUCCAAAAACUUUCCAUAUUUGUAAGCCUCUUCUAUUUGUCCACAACUCGCGGCUUGUGCAAAAGGUCUGACAACUGUCUUUACCAAAGAAGAGUCAAAGUAAAUACAUUUUUGGCGGUUGGAAAAAAAAGAACGUUAAGAUUUAGACUAAGACCUAUAAAAGGGGGUACUUGGAACUGAAAAGUUAUAGUGCUCCAGUUACACAGCUCAAGAUGUGUUCCAAACUCACCCUGGUCUUGGGCUUAGUGGCUCUAAUCGCGGCUGUAUACGCUGCCGAUGAUCCAACAUCUCCACCUUCACCAACUUCUCCAACUUCUCCAGAUUCUCCAACUUCUCCAACAUCGCCGACUUCUCCAACUUCUCCAGAUUCUCCAACUUCUCCCACUUCGCCGACUUCUCCAACUGCUGAAGAUGUUACAACCACCACUCAAGCCUCGACUACAACCUCUACCACGACAUCGAAGGGACGCAAGCGCCGAAGGAUCCGCAUCCGCAGAAUCGUUCGCAGGAGGCGUGGGGGCCAUAGAGGACGAGGACGACGAAUCCGUGUAGUCCGUCGAUUCCGUGAAGGUAACUUCGAAGGUCGCCAGGAGCGCAGACUCGAACGCGUCGUCUAA